AUGUCUGGGAAAUCUUUUGUUCGAAAAACAAGUCUAAACAUCCACAGGAAAAUUCACAUGGAAAUAAAACCUUAUAAAUGCUUAGAGUGUGGAAAAUGUUUCACUCGCAGUUCAUCACUUUGCAAACAUCAUGAAACACACACAGAGGAGGAAAGCAGAACGUGCCUAGAAUGUGGGAAAUGUUUUUCCAGCAAAUCAUGUCUGGAAUGUGGGAAAUGUUUUUCCAAUAAAUCACACCUGCAGCAACACCAGAGAAUCCACACUGGGGAAAGACCCCAUGAAUGCCCAGAAUGUGAGAAACGAUUUGGGAGUUCUUCCACACUUUGGAGACACCAAAAGACGCACACGGGAGAAAAACCCUAUAAAUGUAACGAUUGUGAGAAAUGUUUUGCUCUAAAGGGAACUCUUUUUCGACAUCAGAUAAUCCACACAGGGGAGAAACCCUAUCAUUGCAUCCAGUGUGGAAAAUAUUUUUGUUUGAUAUCAACCCUCAGAGAUCAUGAGAAAAUCCACAGAGGGGAAAAAAAAUUCAAAUGUUUAGACUGUGGUAGAGCAUUUAUUUAUUCAUCUCAUCUUAGACGUCACUGGCAAGUUCAUAUAGGAGAGAAGCCGCAUAAAUGCUCGGAGUGCGAUAAAUGUUUUUCUCACAAAAAUAGCCUUUUGAUACAUCAGAGAAUCCACAGUGGAGAGAAACCAUAUAAAUGUCCGGAGUGUGGGAAAUGUUUCUCCCUAAGGUCACACCUAAUUCGACAUGAGAGACUUCACACCGGAGACAGGCCCUAUCAAUGCCCAGAAUGUGACAAGCGAUUUGUGGAGUCUGCUGAACUCCGGAGACACCAGAGGGGGCACACAGGAGAGAAGCCCUAUAAAUGUGGGGAUUGUGCGAAAGGUUUUCUCACAGUAGCACUGCUUCAGGUUCAUGAGAGAACCCACACAGGGGAGAAGCCGUACACAAGCAGCACUCUGAAAAACCACAAGAGAACCCAUGAAUGCUCCGAGUGUGGCAAAUCCUUUGCUCGCCGGUCCCUCCUUUUGACCCACAGGAAGGUCCAUGUGGGAAGCGGAUCCAGUGAAAGAUUGGAGGGUGAGAAAUCCCUUUUUGGAAAAGGUGCCAAAGAUCUCAGAAGCCCCCCCAGAUUAAAACCCCAUAAAUGUGAGGAAUGUGAUUUAUGCUUUGGUCAAAAGUCAAACCUUCUUAGACAUCAGAAAAUCCACACUGGAGAGAAACCGUAUCAAUGUCUGGAAUGUGGGAAAUUUUUCAGUGAAAAAGCCACCCUCAGAAACCACGAGAGGGUUCACACAAGGGAGAAGCCUUACAAGUGCUGGGAAUGUGGGAAGACCUUUUCACAGAGCGCACAUCUUUGGAUCCAUGAGAAGGUUCACGUAGGAAUAAAAUCUUACAAAUGCUUUGAGUGUGGGAAAUGUUUCACCCUGAGUUCAUCUCUUUGGAGUCAUGAGAAAACACACAGAGGGGAGAAAAACGAAAAGUGCCUCGAAUGUGGGAAAUGUUUCACCUUGAAAUCAAACCUGGUGCGACAUCAGAGUCUUCACACUGUAGAGAAACCUUAUGAAUGUCGGGAGUGUGGGAAAAGUUUUUUUGCACAAAGUGAGGUUCAGGUUCAUGAGAGAAUUCACACAGGGGAAAAACCGUACAAAUGUGGGGAAUGUGGGAAAUGCUUUACCCAGAAACAGCACCUUGGAAGGCAUCUGAGGGUUCACACAGGAGAGAAGCCAUACAAAUGCCCAGAGUGUGGAAAAUCUUUUGCUUAUAAGGAUGUACUUUGGAGACAUCAGAAAAUCCACACAGGGGAGAAGCCCUAUCAAUGCAACGAGUGUGGAAGUUUUUAUCGUACCACAGCAACCCUCUGGAGUCAUAUGAAAAUUCACACAGGCGAAAAAAACUACAAAUGUUUAGACUGUGGGAGAGCAUUUGCUAAACCAUAUAACCUUAGAUGUCACAGCCAAAUCCACAUAGGAGAGAAGCCCCAUAAAUGCUCGGAGUGCGAUAAAUGUUUUACUAAAAAAAGGACUCUCUUGAAACAUCAGAAAAUCCACACUGGAGAGAAACCUUAUCAAUGUCUGGAAUGUGGGAAAUUUUUCCGUGAAAAAGCCUGUCUCAGAGACCACGAGAGAAUUCACACAGGGGAGAAACCUUACGAGUGUUGGGAAUGUGGGAAGAGCUUUCCUCGGAAGGCAGAUCUUUGGCACCAUGAGAAGAUUCAUGCAGGAAUAAAAUCUUACAAAUGCUUUGAGUGUGGAAAAUGUUUUACCGACAAUGUAUCUUUUCGGAAACAUUUGAAAACACACAGAGGGGAGAAAAACAAAAAGUGCCCUGAAUGUGGGAAAUGUUUUGCCUUGAAAUCACAACUGGUGCAACAUCAGAGACGUCACAUGGGAGAGAGACCCCAUGAAUGCCCAGAAUGUGAGAAACGAUUUGUGUAUUCUUCUGAACUUCAGAGACACCAGAAGAGUCACAAAGAGGAGAAACCGUAUAAAUGUGGGGAGUGUGGGAAAAGUUUUAUUACCCAAAAAGCAUUUCAGGUUCAUGAGAGAAUCCACACGGGGGAGAAACCAUUCAAAUGUGUGGAGUGUGGGAAAUGCUUUACCCAAAAACACCACCUUGCAACGCACCAGAGGCUCCACACAGGAGAGAAGCCAUACAAAUGCCCAGAGUACUGUGGGAAAGCAUUUGCUCAUUCAUCUUCCCUUAGAACUCACAGCCGAAUCCAUACAGGAGAGAAGCCCCAUAAAUGCUCAGAGUGCAAUAAAUAUUUUUCUCAAAAAAAUAAUCUUGUGAGACAUCAGCGAACCCACACUGGAGAAAAACCAUAUAACUCUCUGUAG